UGGCAUUUAGAAAGAAACAAAGCAUUUACUCUAUCUAAUUCUGAUAGUAAUUCUUCUAGCUCAGAAAAUAGUGAAGAAUAUAAAAAAUCUAAAGAACCUGAAGAAAGCGGCAAAACUUCUGAAAGAAAUCAAGAUGUUCAAGAAGUAACUAAGAUAAGUUCUGAUAAGCAAGAACUAGAGGAUAAUAAAGAGACUUCUAAUGAAGAUCAAGAUGAGUCAGAAGAAGAAGAAUAUACUUCCGAAGAAGAUCAAGAAUAA